GAGUUUUCCUGGUAUAGAUGUGGCAAACAGGUCAUCAUCAGCGCUGUCGUACGGAGUUGUACGCGUCGUUGAAACUCGGUCACCUGUUUGACAGCGCAAUCCAAAACAGUGAGAAACGCAGUUAUCACGGUGUGAAUCCUUGUUCAAGACGCGGGCUAAUACAUAGAUUCGGGCAACGUAGUCAGGCCGAUCAUGCUGCCUCUUUGAUCGAAUGAUGUCGCAUUGCACACGCUAACGCGCGGGAACACGUGCGUUCUGCUUAAUCGAUAAAAGGUUUAACUCAUCAAUUUACUCAUCAAUGCGGUGACUGUUCGUUGCAGUGCAGAAAACGUUACGACAAGCCGGUUCCGCUUCGCUACAGGAUAAUACGUACGGGCGAGAUCAGGACACUAAGAGCGCGCAUUUGGCCAACCCACUGGCAACGCCAACAUCUCGCCGAGGGCAACCUGCUGCUUGGAUCCUCCGUUCUGGCUGACCCGCGAUGGGCAGCAUCAACUUCCCCGCCGAAGAAGAGCGCGUGCUCGCAGGUUGGACAGAUAUAGACGCUUUCCACCGCCAACUGGAGCUCUCCAAGGAUGACCCUCCCUACGUCUUCUACGAUGGACCGCCUUUCGCCACUGGGACACCACAUUAUGGCCACCUUCUCGCCUCCACCAUCAAGGACAUCAUUCCUCGCUACUGGUCGAUGCGUGGACGGUAUGUGGAGCGAAGGUUCGGCUGGGAUACGCACGGUGUUCCGAUCGAGCAGAUCAUCGACAAGCAGCUGCAGUCAGAGCUUGGCGUGCGAGGCAAGGCGGCAGUGGAGAAGAUCGGCAUCAAGGAGUACAACCGGCGGUGUCGGGAGGUUGUACUCACGUACGCUCACGAAUGGCGACGAGUCAUUGGACGAGUAGGCAGAUGGAUUGACUUCGACCAGGACUACAAGACCAUGGAUCCGACAUUUAUGGAGACGUGCUGGUGGGUGUUUGCGCAACUGUACCGGAAAGGUCUCGUGUAUCAUGGCGCACGAGUGUUGCCCUACAGCACCGCGCUCAACACGCCUCUCAGUAAGAGUGAGGCGAGCGAGGAGUACAGAGAUGUGCAAGAUCCUGCCGUCACUGUAUCAUUUCCACUACUACCCGUUGCUGAGCAGCCGGAGAAUGUGCGGACAACCGUACAAAAAGUGCUAGACAUAUCCGAAGGGAAGACGGUGAGCUUCGUGGCCUGGACUACUACGCCUUGGACGCUACCAAGCAACGUUGCCUUAUGCGCACAUCCUGACUAUGAGUACUUGCUGGUACACGACGUUGAAACCGACAACAUCUACAUAAUGCUCGAAGCUGGGCUGAAGGUACUGUACAAAGAUCCAAAGAAAGCCAAAGACAAAUUCAAGCUCUUGCCAGUCAAGCUCAGAGGUGCCGAGCUCGGCGGUAUGCGUUACAAGCCACUCUUUAAUUACUUCUACAGCCAAUUCAAGGAUAUAGGGUUUAAGGUGUUACUGGAUCUCUACGUGAAGCAAGACGAAGGUGUCGGCAUUGUACAUCAAUCACCUGCUUUUGGUGAAGACGACUACCAGAUCAGCUGGCGAGCAGGCGUGAUCAACGGCGAUCGACCGCCACCCAACCCGCUGAAUGCAGGUGGCGAGUACACCUCCGAGGUUCCGGACUUCGAGGGUCAGCACGUCAAAGCCGCAGACAAGAAUAUCAUAAAGCAUCUUGAAGGUCUGGGUAGAAUGGUACGCAAGUCGCAAAUCACUCACAGAUAUCCACAUUGUCCGAGAAGUAAAACUCCACUUAUCCAACGCGCUGUUCCGUCGUGGUUCAUCAAAGUCGAGACAUCCGUGCCUGCACUGCUAGAGAAUCUGGAGAAGACGCAUUGGGUGCCGAGUAUGGUCAAGACUGGUCGCUUCCACCAGUGGCUCGCAGCAGCUAAGGAUUGGAAUGUCAGCCGUAAUCGGUACUGGGGCACGCCAUUGCCACUAUGGGUAUCCGACGACAUGAAGGAGGUUGUCUGCGUCUCUUCGGUUGCGGAGCUGAAGAGACUCUCAGGCAUUGAAGGUGAUAUUAUGGACUUGCACCGUGACUCCGUUGAUCACAUCACCAUUCCCUCAAAGCAGGGCAAAGGCACGCUCAGGAGAGUGGAAGAAGUCUUUGACUGCUGGUUCGAGUCUGGCAGCAUGCCUUACGCUUCCUCGCACUAUCCCUUCGACUAUCCUGGCUUCGAGUCGGCAGACGCAGAUUGCGGCCUUUCUUGGGCAGAGGGUCCCGGCAAGGAGCUCUUUACCAAAUAUCCCGGCGACUUCAUCGCCGAAGGCCUUGACCAGACCCGUGGCUGGUUCUAUACCCUUUCUGUACUCGGCACACAUCUCUUCAACACCUUUCCAUACAAGAACUGUGUUGUCAAUGGCAUCGUCCUAGCCGAAGACGGCAAGAAGAUGUCAAAAUCGCUCAAGAAUUUCCCAGAUCCGAUGCUCGUCAUUGACCGGUACGGCGCUGACGCCCUGCGACUGUACCUCAUCGAUUCUCCCGUCGUACGUGGCGAACCGCUCCGCUUCUCCGAACUGGGCGUCAAGCAGAUUGUGUCGGGCGUGCUUCUACCGCUUUGGAACAGCUACAACUUCUUCGCACAGCAAGCCGCUCUCUGGAAGAAGAACACAGGGCACGACUUCAUGUACGAACGCGAGAUGCAGAAGACGAAUGAAAACGUCAUGGACCGCUGGAUACUUGCCGCCACGCAGAGUCUGCUCCAAUAUGUGAACGCGGAGAUGGAGGCGUACAGGCUAUACACCGUCGUGCCGCGGCUGUUGAAGAUGGUUGACGAGGUGACGAAUUGGUACAUCCGCUUCAACCGUAACCGGUUAAAGGGUCAAUCUGGCUUGGCAUCCACGAAAGCAACCGCCAACGGUGUGCAAACAAAUGGCGACCUUACCAACGGCACGAUGGACGAAGAGGGUGAUGACACGCUGCACGCCCUCAAUACGCUUUAUGAAGUCCUCUACACGCUCGUUCGCGCUCUAGCACCCUUCAUUCCGUUCUUGAGCGAUGGCAUCUUCCAACGUCUAGCACCACACCUACCAUCGAGCAUGCGCGAAAGCAAGGACUGUCGAUCCGUUCACUUUCAGCGCUUUCCCACCGUCCGCGAGGAGCUCUUCGAUCCCGUUGUCGAGAGGCGGGUGGGCCGCAUGCAGAAAGUCAUCGAGCUGGGCCGAUUAUGCCGAGAUCGACGCACCAUCAGCUUGAAGACUCCGCUCAAGACGCUCGUUGUUCUGCAUCAAGACCAAGAGUAUCUCGAUGAUGUGCAAACGCUGGAGCGAUACAUCACCGAGGAGCUGAACGUGCGCGAUCUUGUCCUCACCACUGAUGAGGCGCGGUACGGUGUAGCCUACAGCGUGCAAGCGGACGUCAAGAAUUUGGGUAUGAAAUUCAAGAAGGAUGCUGCGAAGAUCAAGGCCUCUUUGCCCAAGCUUUCCCCACAGGAGAUACAAGCAUUCCUUUCUUCUGGCAAGAUCACGGUUGAGGGCCAUGACCUCGACGCCGAGGACCUUCGGGUGAAGAAGGAGAUCAAGCAGAGCAAAGACACUGCCAACUUGGAAGUAGCUGUGGAAGGCGAGGCGAUGGUUCUGCUCGACUCAUUCGCUUACCCGGAGCUGGCGCAAGAGGGUCUCGCGAGAGAAGUGCUGAACCGCGUGCAGCGGCUGCGAAAGCGGGCGGGACUGGUGCCGACGGAUGAUGUCAAAUUGUUCUACUCAGUGCUUGCCUCUACUUCCGCGACCGCCAACGGUACUGCUGCGGAGGGUGAGGCAGCCGAUGGUGGAGCUACGAAGGGUGAGCAAGCAGCGAAUGCAGAGGUCAGUCGAUUAGAGCAAGAGCGCAUAGUGGAGGAAAUGUUCGCGCGGCAAAGCGCUACCUUCACGAAAGCUGCGAGUCGAGGGGUGGAAAGGCUGUCGGAUGCAAAGGCUGGAGAUGGUGUAGCGGCGGAAGAAGAGACAGAUGUAAAGGACAUCAGAUUGCUGUUGCGGUUAUUGAAGAUGUAGAGAGCGCAUGAGAACGCCCUCGUGGCGAGUUAGCGUGCAUUGCCCACCUUGCCUAAUACACUCCGCUCGCUUCCGCACGCCUGGCUUUGAGGCGCGAAUGAAUGAUACUCGCUUGGC